AUGUACAGAGACACAAAUAUAGACAGGCCGGAGGUAUUCAAGGAGAGGAUUGGCUACUCCCAGCUGUUUGACGUGCUGAAGAGUCAGGGUCAGCCCACUAAACGUCUGCUGCAGGAACUCAUGAACAUGGCGGUGGAAGGGGAACACGCCCACACCCAUCACCUGGGUGUCAGUAACGACCAGCCCCUCCUCCUCCUCCUACAGUGGCUGCCUGACCUGGCCCCCCAGAGGGACCUGCAGCUCCUGGUAGCCCAGUGGCUGGCUGCGGUCUGCGGGGGCUCCCUGGCCUGCCGUACGGUGGCUGUGGAGGCCGGCCUGGUGGGGGCUGUGCUCCAUGUCCUCUCCCAGCCACAGAGACUGGACCGCCAGUGUGCCGAUGGCCUCCUGGGGAUGUUACAGGACAUGGGGUCUCUCUGUCUGAGGCCUGCUGAGCUGAAGUCUCUGUUGAGGCUGCUCCGACCCCUCGACCAGGGGCAGGACGUGUUGGCAGGGAAGAGGACGGGGACACACCCUUACUGCGCCCGCAUCAUCCGGGUGCUGGCGGCGAUGGCGGCCAGGGAGGGGAGGAACAGCGCCCUGCAGUAUUUUGACCUGACCCAUCCCCUGGCAGGGAUCAUGGUGCCCACGGUCCAGCGCUGGCCAGGCAGUGGGUUUUCCUUCCACGCCUGGCUCUGUCUCAACAUGGACUUCCCACAAUACCACUCAGAGUUCUCCACGCCCGGCACCCGCCUGUCUGCUGGGGCACCAGGGGCGGCGACACGGGGUAUGGGCAAAGGCCCCCGCAGGAAACAGCUGUACAGCCUGUUGACAGCCAGUGGUACGGGUUUAGAGGCUUUCUUCACCAUGGAGGGAGUGUUGGUGGUGGCUGUCUGCACUAAGAAAGACUACAUGGUCGUGUCCCUGCCAGAACACCCUCUGACAGACUGCUGCUGGCACUCUGUGGAUAUAGUCCAUAUUCCCGGCCGCCGUCCCUUCGGUCAGAAUCUGGUCACCAUCUACAUCGAUGGAGAACAGCGCAAGACAGCCCAGCUCCGAUUCCCCUCGCUCAAUGAGCCUUUCACCUCCUGUUGUAUUGGCUCAGCAGGCCACCGUACCACCACCACCACCACCUCCCCCACCCUGCCUCCCCCCUCCCUCCACCCAGCAGAGAUGGGUUUCCCUGCCCACGCUCCCCCCAUCACCCGCUCCCAGUCCUUCCCAGCCUCCUUUGCGGCAGGCCGCUGGGGGCCUGGGCCCCUGCGUGACGCUCCCGUCCACACCAUCCCCGCCGGGCUGCAGGACACGGAGUGGGGCACGCCCACCUCACUGGACGGGCUCCUGGGGACCGCCUUCAUCUGUCAUGAGGCCCUGCAGCCAGUGCACACCAAGGCCCUAUACACUGCUGGCCCCAACCAUGUGUCCCUGUUCAAGGCAGAUGGAGAGCUGUCGGACCUCAACAGUAAACUGCUUCUCUACUACACUCCUCAGGCCUUCAAGAGUCAGAUCUGUGUGGACCUGUCUCCUAACCACCAGUAUGAUGGCAGACUGACAGGCCACAGGGUGGUGAACUGGGACAUCAAGGAUGUGUUGAACACAGUGGGGGGCAUGGGGGUUCUACUGCCCCUCCUGGAACAGGUGUGUGAGCCAGAGCAGGCGGAGGGAGGAGGCCAGGAGACGUCAGACCUGCUUGGACCAGAACUAACCGGUAGCUCCUCCCGGGGGCCUGUCGGCAUGCUGCUGCCACUGGGCAAGUCCUCCGAUGGUCGGCUGGAGAGGAACAGUGUAGCAGCCUUCCUGCUGAUGGUGAAGAAUCUGAUUCGUCAUCACCCUGUCAACCAGGAGAGCCUACUGAACUGCCACGGACCCAGCAUUAUAGGAGCCAUGCUCACUAAGGUCCCAGGUAGUAUGAUGGAUAUGUCUGUUCUGAUGGCGUGUCAGUUCCUGUUGGAGCAGGUAUCCAGUGAGGAGAACAGUCCGUUGCUCCUGCAGCUCUACCAACACCUGCUAUUUGACUUCCGCAUCUGGAGCAACAGCCACUUCGCUGUGUGUUUGGGUCAUGUCCAGUACCUGUCGUCUGUGAUCAAGGAUGGGAAGCAGCGCAUGAGGAAGAAGUAUGGAGUGCAGUACAUCCUGGAUACCAUACGGACACACUACAGUGUGGAGAAAGAUGGCAGUCCUCUGUCUGAUGAAAAGCAGACUGUUCAGAUCUCUCUGUUCUCUCUGCUGAGAGACUUCCUCCUCAAGUGUCCUACUGCUGAAGAGCUCCACAGCAUCUUGGCCUACACACUGGCUAUAGGAGAAGAGCAGCAGGUGGUGAGUGCGUUAGAUGUGGUUUACAGUCUGUUGAGGAGCAGCCCUCCCAGAGAGCAGGUCCAGGCUGUACUGUUGGAGUGGGGAGUAGAACAGCUCUACUGUCUGCUGCUCAAACCCAGCUUUGGAGAUGAGGUCAGGGAGAGAGUCUUCAGGGUUCUGUACAAGAUCCUGAAGAGUGAACGAGUGUCUGAGCGCGCCAAGCAACGUGUCAAGUUGAAGGAUUUUGGAUACCUGGGUCUUGUUUGUUUUCUAGGAGACGUCCCCGUAACCAUGACCACCGUGCGCUGUCUUUACGAGCAGGUCCUCGCUACAGAUGCCACUCCUAACUUCAGAGACCUGCUGGCUGUGGUCCAUCUGUCCCAUCGUGCUGAGCUCACUGUCCGUCUGGACAUCUGUCGCAAGCUCUUCUACCUGAUCUAUGACAAUGAGGACUAUGUUCGUCAGCUGGCCCGUCAGCCAGGCUGGCAGGAUGUGUUAACUAAGCUCUAUAUGAAGGAGUCCUAUGAGUCUCGCGGUCCCUCCCUGGCAGGCUCCAGCACCCACAGCUCCCUGGACCCCUCCCGCCCCCCUCUCAGGAGAGAUCACAGCAUGGUCAUAGAGGACUCUCAGUACGCUCACACAGACGUCUUCCUCCCUUACACCUCGCCGGAUGAUGAAGAGGAGGAGGAGGGAGACGGCGAGGGCCUGGGAGCGAUGAAUAUCUCCGAGCGUUUCUCCGACCUCUCUCGGUCUUCCCCUAACAGCAGUGGAGGCACGUUGAAGGACUUUGACGACUCUCUCCAAUUGAAGUGGUUUGACUCGGUAGAGCAGGGGAGCCGCUCGUCAUCCCUGUCCAACACCGUGGACGUCCCCUCCGGUCGGCCCCAAGAGGAGGCUCUCUACCACCCUCUGUCCCCCUUCGGCACCUCACCCUUUGAGCUGGAGCUGGGGGGUAUGAGGGGUGAGAAGGGAACAUGGAACCACAACCCUGUGGGGGGUAGUCAGGCAGGCACCCCCUCCCCCCUGGAGCACAGCCGGUCGUUCCCCUCUCUGAGACCCAGGAAGAGCUCCAGUCUGUCCAACGUGCUGGACGACACCAACUAUGGAACUGACCCCCGGGCAGCUGACACCAUCUCCAACACCUCCAACCCACAGCAGAUGCCAGAGGAGGAGCUGUGUAACCUGCUGACUAACAUCGUGUUCUCUGUGCUGUGGUGUGGCAGCGGGUCGGAGGGGGGGGAGGACGCCGUGUGGAGGGAGAGGGGACAGGUCUUCUCUGUCCUCACCAAGCUGGGCUCCUCCUGCCAACUGGUCCGCCCGCCUGACGAUAUCAAAUGCAGUCUGUUAGAGAUGAUGCUGGAGUCUUCUCUGUCAGACCUGAGGGACUCUCAGGGUGUCUCUCUACCAUACUUCCCCAGUCUGCUGCGUCUCCUCAGGCUGCUCCAGGACUUCCUCUUCUCAGAGGGAACAGACAACCAGGCCCUGUGGAGCGAGAAGAUCUUUGAGGGGGUGGUGAACCUCCUGGACAGACUACAGGCGUGGCACAGCACCCCUGGUAACCCCGGGGCUCUGGAGCUCAGAGAGAUGGCUCAGAUCGGCCUGCGCAUCAUCACCGGCUACAUCCAGCAACGGGACUCACAGGUGUCUGUAAUGGCCUGCGUUAAACUCCACAGCCUCCUGCAGACAGUCCUGUCUCUGGGCUGGGAUGAGGUGUGCUUCCUGCUGGGGCGACUAGGUGCCCCCCUGUGGCCCGGCGGGGUAAUGGAGUCGGGCCCCAACGGAGGACACACGGAGACCUUUUCUCAGCUGGUGCCCAUCGUGCGUACCCUCCUGGACCAACACGCUGACCCCGUGACCCUGCACGGCCUGCUGCCCAGCCUGCCAGUCACCAAUGGCAGCCCCACCUUCGCCCAGGACCUCCAGAGCUACAGUCACACAGUAGAGUGGCUGGACUUCUACCAACGCCACGUGCAGCCCACCAUGGAGCAGUAUGAACUGGAUCAGUUUGGGAAGAGUCAUGACCUCAUGUCUAACUUCUGGAACUCGUGCUUUGAUGACCUGAUGAGCACUGCCAUACGGCGGGACAAAGAGAAGACCUACAGCAAAGACAAGUUCCAGGAGGUGAUAGUGGACCCGUACCUGAGGCGGGUCCGUAGUGAAAACAGCCGUUACCACAGUGGCCAGAAACAGAGCUCCGGCCAGCAGGGAGUAGUGUGGCGCCACUGGGAGUCCCUCCGCAGGCUGCUCACCAGCGAGAGAGGGGCCUGGGCACACAGAGUCCCACUAGAGGUGAAAUGGAAGUUGUCAGCGGAGACGUACUCUAAGAUGCGUCUGAAACUAGUGCCUAACUACCAGUACGACACUCACCAGGAAGCCAGCGCCUUCAGAGACAAUAUGGGAGCUGAUAGUCCUCGCAGUUCAGAACCCCUCCCAUUGGCUGUUGCCAAGGAGGCCAAAGUGAGUGACAUGGAGGAUGACCAGUUAGGAGAAGAGGACAUUGUCUUUCUGGACAAUAAGGUGGAGGGGGAGGACGACAGUCAGAAAGAGAAGCUAGUUCUGUCGGAGGACUGUGAGCUCAUCACCAUCGUGGCGGUGGUUCCGGGUCGGCUGGAGGUCACCACACAUCACCUGUACUUCUACGACGCCAGCAGCGAGAAGGAGGAGACGGAAGAGGGAAUCGGUUUUGAUUUCAAGCGGCCCCUGUCUCAGCUGAGAGAGGUGCACCUGAGACGCUACAACCUGCGUCGCUCUGCUGUGGAGCUGUUCUUCAUCGACCAGUCACACUACUUCAUCAACUUCAAGAAGAAGGUGAGGAACAUGGUGUACUCUAGGAUCCUGGGGCUGCGGCCCCCCAACCUCUUCUAUUUCGGCUCCCGCUCUCCUCAGGAGCUCCUCAAGGCUUCUGGACUCACACAGAGAUGGGUAUGCAGAGAGAUUUCCAACUUUGAAUAUCUGAUGCAACUGAACACCAUCUCUGGACGUACCUACAACGACCUGUCUCAGUACCCUGUGUUCCCAUGGGUGCUGAGUGACUACACCUCUCCAGAUCUGGACCUGGAGAACCCAGCCGUGUUCAGAGACCUGUCCAAACCCAUGGGAGUAGUCAACCCCCGCCACGCACAGAACGUCAGGGAGAAGUAUGAGAGCUUUGAGGACUCAACGGGCACCAUAGAUAAGUUCCACUAUGGAACACACUACUCUAACGCUGCAGGAGUCAUGCACUACAUGAUCCGUAUGGAGCCCUUCACUACACUCCACAUCCAGCUGCAGAGUGGCAGGUACAGUGACCCUUCACUACCCUCCUCAUCCAGCUGUAGGUACAGUACCCCUUCACUACCCUCCUCAUCCAGCUGUAGGUACAGUACCCCUUCACUACCCUCCUCAUCCAGCUGUAGGUACAGUAACCCUUCACUACCCUCCUCAUCCAGCUGUAGGUACAGUACCCCUUCACUACCCUCCUCAUCCAGCUGUAGGUACAGUAACCCUUCA